AUGGGGAAGUUCAAGCUGAUAUCAGCUCAGAUAGACAAGCCUGUGGGUGGAUGUGUUACAGACUGCAUCUCCAUAAGUUCAAAAAUCAUUGAAAAGUUUAUGCAUGAAACUUCUCAGAAGUUGAACUUACCAAAAAUUGCUAUUGUGAAAGAGCUAGUAACUUAUUUAUGUCCAUUGCAUUGCCAUGUAUUAAUAUUAAUGCCAUGUUUUUGUACUCUGCUGCUGCUAGAUAUUGGAACUCUAGGUGUGCCUCUUAUGAGAGCUGGUUCAUCUAGCUCAAUAAAUCAUAAGGGACUCUUAACCAGAUCAUAUAAGCACAAUUACCUAUUUCUUACUCUUUUUCUUUUUGUCUUGCCUGUCUACCUUACAGACCUCUUGCACAUUGCUGGCAUCAGCCAGAGCCAUGCGCUAGGGGUCAGUGGCUUCCAGAACACUGACCAGGGACAGCAGGGUGGGCAACAGGGGGGGCAAGGGGGCCAGACCCUAGACCAACAGUCCUCAAAGCGACCGGUCACCAGCAGUAACAGUUUACAUGGAUCAGACAUAUUGGAUGCGACCACACACAUGCUCCGGCUAGAGAAGAGUAAUAUUCUUCUCUUGGGGCCAACUGGCUCAGGCAAGACUCUCUUGGCCCAGACCAUAGCCCAGUGCCUGGAUGUCCCCUUUGCCAUCUGUGACUGCACCACGCUCACUCAAGCUGGCUAUGUUGGUGAGGAUAUUGAGUCCGUCAUUGCCAAGCUGCUGCAGGAUGCCAAUUAUAAUGUGGAGAAGGCUCAGACAGGCAUUGUAUUCCUUGAUGAAGUGGACAAAAUUGGUGCAGUCCCAGGGAUACACCAGCUGCGUGACGUAGGGGGAGAGGGGGUCCAGCAGGGCAUGCUCAAGAUGCUGGAGGGUACAAUUGUUAAUGUACCCGAGCGCAAUUCCCCGCGUAAGCUCCGAGGUGAGACAGUGCAGGUAGACACAACCAACAUCUUGUUUGUAGCCUCAGGGGCCUUCAAUGGGCUGGAUCGUGUUGUCUCCAGGAGGAAUAAUGAGAAGUACCUAGGCUUUGGUAUUGGGGGCCAGUCAGUAGGCCGUCGGGCGGCGUCACAAGCUGAUGUAGCACACCAGACAGCCAGUACAGACGCUGAGGAGGACAACCAGGAAAAGGAUGCACUGCUCUCAAAGGUGGAAGCCAGGGACCUCAUUGAGUUCGGCAUGAUCCCGGAGUUCGUAGGGCGUUUCCCUGUUAUUGUCCCCUUCCACUCGCUGACGGCGGCCAUGCUGGUGCGGAUCCUUACCGAACCCAAGAAUGCACUUGUGCCACAGUUCCAGAUGCUCUUUGGGAUGGACAAGGUUGAACUUGCCUUCACCCCAGAUGCCAUGGAGGCCAUUGCACACAUGGCGAUGGAGAGGAAGACAGGCGCAAGAGGCCUACGCUCCAUUAUGGAAAACCUCCUCCUCGAUGCCAUGUUUGAGAUUCCUGGUUCAGACAUCGUGAGUGUACAUGUGACUGGCGACUCAGUGCGAGGGGAUGCGGCACCCAUCUUUGUACAUGGCCAGCCGCUCCCAACUGAGGAUGACCAGGAGGAGGAGCAGGCAUUAGCUCAGGCCAAGUAAGAGAGAGCUUUUAAGGCUGGCCUGCUGGUUGGAGAUGAAGAGGUGGAAGGGAGCAGCCAAAGAGGCAGCAGUGGAGUUGUCUCAUGGCACUGGGACAAAGAGAAGCAAGAGGAUGAAGAGGAAGAGAGUAGCGGGAGAGGGAGGAGGAAAAGAAAAGGAGGAAGAACUUAAUCAGGUCUUAGAAGAGGAAACUGGUGAUCCACAAGACUUUGGCCAAGAACGGGGGGGAAACAGAAACCUGAUCAUCCUCUUAGCUCAAGACAGGGAAGAGGACAAAGCCAUUCCUCAGGGUAGUUUGGCAUUAAGCUUUCCUUCGGAUGAGGCUGAGGGCAGAGAGAAAUAUAGAGACUGAGACAAAGAGGAGACAGAUAGACAAAUAUUUGUAAGAGACGUGUCAGGGAAGACUGUGGUGAUUAAUCCUGUUAAACGCAUGUCUUACCAUCAGUUUUCUUUAUUUUCUUUAUACUUCCAAAAAAUUGUGGAAGGCAGCAAGUAUUUUGCAAAGUUAUGUACCUUCACAUCAAGAGCAGCUGCAGAGAAACUGUGAUACAAAAUGCCUAAUUGCAGUGAAAUCAACAGUUUGAAUAGUUUUCUGUUUGUGUUUGGGUUUUGUAGAGAAUCCAUGUGUUCAGUAACAGAAAUUAGACGUCUUAAUAUUUUGUACAAAAUAAUAAGGUGUAUAUAUGAGUUUGUAAAUUGUUCAGUAAGAUUCAGUACAAUUGCAGUUCAGUUAUUUAUACUGUUAUUUUAUUUUAUGUUGGCAAGUAUUUGUAUGUUAUCUCCUCCUCUUAUAUACCCAGUCAUUUUUUUUUCAUAACAAAAAUGUGGAAAAAAAAUAUGGCAAUCAAAGGAAAAAAGAUAUAAGUAUUGGCUGAAAAAACUGGGACAUGUUCUCUGUUGUCCGCAGAUCACCCAAUGUCCUCUUUUCUAUGUAUAGUUGUAUGUAUUCCAUAUUUGGAACAUUUGUACAGUGUUUUAUUGUUAGGGGUUAGUCUCGUAGACAGUUAAGAAUUGUCUUCAGAUUUAAUUUGAAAAGUUCCAGUGAAGCAUACUACACGGGCUGUAGAUGAAGACUGUACACAAAGAGAGAUAGUGGAGUUGUCAUCGUUAUCAUCAGGUAUUAGUGUUUAAAGAGAAUUAAGGUUUUAAGUGCAUUUUUUUUGUAAUUUUUUUCCUUUUUUGUGUGUGUGUUGUGCAGUCUUAUUUUUCAGGCUAGUGUGGUUGAUGAAUUUAAACUGUAUGUUUAGAAACUGCUCUUCAGUGCUGCUUAAAUGUAAGGAAUGAUGCCAUUGGCUGCACACUAAAAUUUAACGUCCAGUUUUAGAAACAGGUUGUAAAAUAAUUGUAUAUAAAAAUAGAGAAUAAAAAGAAAAAAAAAAGACAUAAAACUGGGCUAAAAAAGAGUAAGUGAAUUUGUGAAUAUGAAUGUAUGUGAGUGUGUGAUGAUUGAGUUAGUGAGUGAGUUAGUGUGUUGUAAGUGUAAUGGUGUGUGUGUGUCUGUUUGCGUUCAUAUGUGCAUGCGUACAUGGAUGUGUGCGUGUGUCUUUCGGUUUGAGAGUGAGUAGGUGACAGGAAGAAAGAAGUAAAAGAUUAUACAUUUGCCGUAGAAUGAUGGCUGCAUAUGGUGUUCAUGGAAUAAUUGGAGCUGUAUGGGAGUAUUUAGUAUUAUACUUCUGCAUUCACAUCUUUAAAAGUUUCCAGUAAUCUGUUUAUUUAGAAAACAGAGUGUUUAUUGAAGAUAUAUGCUCUCAGAGUUUGUAUUAUAUCGAUUGGUCACUAUUCUUUCCUUGUAUUUCAUUUGUCUCCCAUCAGAGAUUAAUCUCAAGUUUUGUACAGUCGCUGUUUAUUCAGUGUGAUUAAACCACUUAACUGCUUUACUUUUCUGUUUUCUUAUAUUCUUUUUUUAUUCAUCAUCCAUGUCUUUUUUUUAUUUUGUCAUUGAAAUAGUGUGAAGUUCAGCAAAGCUGAAUACUGUGCACCCAUAUUCUUUUGUAAGGCAUUUAUGUCCUCUUUUCCUUUUUUAGAUUUAUAUAUAUAUCUUUUUUUUCCUUCUUUAAUGAAAGAAUGAUAUGAACUACAAAAUCUUAUUUUCAAGACAAUGGUUGAAAUGAAAAGAUCCUUUCUUUGUUUCCUAAACUGUAGAAUUUUUAAUGGGUCGAGUUAUUAUGCAAGAGACUUGGGUGUGAGGUGUCAGUUUCAAAGCAUUAUGGAAAGUUCAGUACUUUUGAAGAUUGAGUGCUUCUGUGAAUUCAUUGGGGUUCAAAAUCUGCUAUAUCUUUUCUGUACGUCCAAAUUGUGAGAACAUAUAGUGUGUGAGUUCUUAAUCCACCUUUGUAUGAAUAAAUUAUUAUUAAAUUAAUUAUAUGACAUGUAGUAAAAGCCUUUGGUUUUAUGGAAUAAAGUCUUUCUUAUCUAAAUAGAUUGCCAAAUUUUGUAAA